AUGAAGAUAGUUGUUCACGUGCGAGAGAAGAUCAUUCCGCUUCAGUGCGGCGAUGGUACGCAGGAGGUCGUGUGGCUCGGCAACGCCGCUCUGAUACACUACGACGCCUCCUUUGGCAAGCGCUUCGGCCCGCCGGUGUUGAUUCACAAGGAAGGCGGUGUGCCGUGCGACUUGGGGGCCCGCGUGUGCGACCUGCUGGAGGAUGGGCAGCAUGUCUUCAUCACACUCGAGUGUGACAGAGCGGAGUAG